AUGUCCAGAUGGACGCCUUCCGUCGCUCACCUCCAUCCUCCUGAACCCGCUCCAGACGCCGCGGCCUCCGCCAGGCGACGGGCCGGCCCGCCGCCCGGCGUGGCCUCCUUCUGCCUGGCGUGCCUGUCCCUGCUGCUGGCCGCCGCCGGUGCCACGUCCGGGGCGUGCCCCCCCGGGCUGGGGCACGAGUCCCUGCAGAUUCUGGCGGGUGGCACAAACUGCUCGUGGACACUGGAGAGGCACACGAGAAGUUACAAUCACCUGGAGGGCGACGUGCGGCUGCGCCGGCUUUACUCGGCCAACAAGUUCUUCCUGUGCAUUGACAAAACGGGCAGGGUGGACGGCACGCGGCGGAAAAACUACGCUGACAGUCUGAUGGAAAUCCGAUCUGUCAGUGUGGGAGUUGUUGCUAUCAAGUCUGUCAGCACCGGGCUGUACUUAGCCAUGUCCAAGAAAGGCACGCUCUUCGGAUCGAUCAAGUACAACCCAAGCUGCAAGUUCAAGGAGCGCAUUGAGGAGAACGGCUACAACACGUACGCCUCACUCCGCUGGAAGCACGGCGGCAGGCAGAUGUUCGUCUCGCUGAACGGCCGGGGGAAGCCACGGCGGGGCCACAAAGCCAGGAGACGACACCCGUCCACGCACUUCCUCCCUAUGCUGCCCUCCUAGCUUGCCCGGACGCCUUCAUCACCCAGCUUCGCCUACCCAUGUGUCACAUCUAUGUACAUUUCAUCAGAUUUGUGACAUUUAUUUGUAGAGCUAGUUUGUGCUUUUAAGUUAUUUUCCCCCAUGUUGAAAAGACUGAUAGUAGUGCAGUACUAUCCUCAGGCGUGUAUGCGUGCGUGCGUGUGUCUGGGUGUGUGUGAGAGAGUCAACAAAAUUUCCCAUUGUUGAACUGAAUUGCCUGGUUUUCCUUCAACAUCAUACAAAGUGUCGCAGCAAACAAAAAUCAUUUCAAAGAAGUCUCACCGCUGCCUUGGAUACCGGACUACUCAAGAGACCUCAAACGCAUUUUGACACAUAGAUGGACAAGUAGCAGAUUUUAGAUAAGAAGUAUGUUGUGUGCAUGCAACUAUCAAGUGUUGUCACCGUGGUUAGGGUUAUGCUUCACUUGGCUCGGCCUUCACUUGGUAAUGUUAAGUCAACUAAUACCCGUUUUCACAUUAGCCGUUGCCCGCAUUACGUAGAGGCAGUAGGUCCAGUCGGCGUGACGUAUCAGCAGCAGUUCAGAUCAUUCAUUUUGUACACUAAAUACAUGGUUCUUGCUAACAUUUUG